AUGUCGCUAUCAACCUCGCCCUACCUCGUCAACACCGCCGGCGUAAUCGGCCACCUCCUCGUCCUGGGCGGCUCAGGCGCAAUCCUCAGCCCUCGCAGCGUAAUCAGUGCAUUUGGCCUCGACCAACCCUCCACCCCAGAAGCCGCAAAAUUAGUCGAUCUACUCGUACCCUUAUACGGCUUCCGAGAAGUCUCGCUUGGAUUGUCCAUGGUUGCUGUCUGGCGAUACGGCAAUAUCAAGACUCUGGGGUGGACAACGAUGGCGGUUGUGGUUACUGCGUUGGGUGAUGGGUGGGUAGCGAGGAAGCAGAGAAGAGGCAUGGAGUGGGUGCAUUGGGGGUUGGCGCCGAUUGCAUUGGGUUUGNNGGGGGCUGGGUUGCUUGGAUAUUUUGAUUGA